AUGGCAGCAACUUCGGAGGAUGUCGGCGUUGUGGUGGGGCAGGCCUCGCACGGAACGCAACCAAAGGAACAGCCGGCGUCGGGUUUGGCCUCGUGCGAGCAAGGGCUCCUCGACUGCUGGUCUAGACAGCAGUGGGACGCGAGCGCCGGCAGCAGCAGCUGGUGCAGUGGCAGUGGAUCGUCGGCAGCAACGGGAGCAGGCUUCGACCAGCAGCAGCUCGGGUCACCUAGGGACGGCAGCGGGCAGCAAGGCCCCUCUUUGUCCAUAAGCACAGAUACCAUAUUAUCCGGUGAGUCUCUCUCCGGUAACCAGACAUUGAUCUCUAAAGGAGGAACAUUUGAGAUGGGCUUCUUUUCACCGGGUAACACUGGUAACCACUACAUUGGCAUUUGGUACAAAGGAUUACCUCAAAAGACGGUGGUUUGGGUUGCGAAUAGGAACCGCCCCAUGUCCGACCCAUUCUCUUCAGAGUUGAAGCUCCUUCAGGAUGGUAAUUUAGUCAUACUCUCUUCAUCCAAGCGUCAAAUCUGGUCGAUUGGUUCGACAUCGCUGGUGCCUAAUUUGACUUCAGGAGUGCUCCUUGACAAUGGAAACUUCAUUUUAAGGGAGACAUCGGAUGUGUCUAUUGCUUGGCAGAGUUUUGAUCAUCCGACUGAUACGUGGUUGCCCAGUGCCAAGUUUGGAUUCAAUAAACUUACAUCCGAAAGGACAAUUUUGGUGGCAUGGAGAGACUUAGAUGAUCCAGCUCCCGGGAUAUUCUCUGUAAUCCCGGGAGCAGAAGGAAAAGGUCAGUUAUCGCUAUUUAACAGGUCGGAAGCCUACUGGAAUAGUAGUGACUGGACUGGGGACGUAUUCGGGCUUCAGCCUUCGCUAACAGAGGAAAACGUGAUAAACUUUACCUACGUUUCGAAUGAGAAUGAGGCCUACGUCAAAUAUUCCUCAGUUGCUCCUUAUAAUCUGUCUAGGAUAGUGCUUGAACCGACGGGGCUGUUCAAGCAAUUAGUAUGGGCAAAGCACAUCCAGGAAUGGAAAGUGCUUUGGGUACAGCCAACACAAAGGUGUGAGGUUUACCCCUUUUGUGGUGCUUCUUCUAAUUGCAAUCAGAGCCAUGCACCGCUUUGUGAUUGUGCUCUUGGAUACUUAGAUGAUCUGAAGCUGGAAGAUCGUCUGGGCCGAUGCAAAAGGAGAUCUGCGUCGGAAUGUAGUGAUGACAGAAAAGAUAAUUUUUUCCUCAUGCCCAACACACGCUUCCCAAAAAAUUCUGAUUCGUUCAUGGUUGAAAACAUCGAAGCAUGCAGGUUGUUGUGCUUAACCAACUGUUCGUGCAGUGCAUAUGCUUACACUGCAAACUGUCUGAUAUGGACGGAUGAGAAGUUUUCGGUUCAACUUUCGGCCAAUGAUGCAGUUUUGAGAGAUUUCUAUGUCCGGAUUGCGGGGUCAGGCUUGAAGGAAGAAAGAGGAGACGGCCUGCUAGGGCAGCGGAUGAUCAUUUGA